ACAAAAACAAUUGAUGGUCGAAGGUUUUAAGUUUUUUGUUUUUUUAUCGUCGUGUCAGCCGAAAGACGUUCCACUGCUGGGCUGCUGCCUCCCCCAAGGUUCGCCAGUUUGCUCGAUCUUCAGCAACCCGCAUCCACUGCUUCCCGGUGACCUUGGCCAGAUCGUCCGUCCAUAGUUUUUGGGUCAAAAUGUCUAAAUCAAAGACUGGAGCCGUUUGGGAAGAUAGAGAAGUCUUAUUUGAUUUGCCUUUUACUUACCUAAGACUACGGCCCGGCGAGAAGAUAUUCGAUAGGAUCGAACCUAUCGAAGAUACGAAGGGUAACAGUGGGACUAAGGGUCGGAUGGUGGUAACCAACCUGCGGAUCAUAUGGCACUCCAUGGCUUCUCCGAGGAUUAAUUUGUCGAUCGGUCUAAACUGCAUCCUCUCAACGAACACAAAGGUUGUAAACUCUGGUCUUCGUGGCACGACUCAGGCUCUAAACGUGCUGGCUGCUUACAAGUCAAAUAAAUAUGAGUUUAUAUUCACAAAUCUGUCUCCUAACUGUGUGAGGCACUAUACUUCUGUUGCUGGGGUGCAUAAGGCAUACACAGCUUCUCGUAUGUACAGAGACUUAAAACUGAGAGGAGCUAUUAUACACAACAAACAGUUACGGAUGCUGCCACUGGAGAAGAUAUGUCUAAACGAGCACAGCAUCUGGAACUUAUCGAGUGACUCCGGCAACCUGGGCACUCUGGUAGUCACCAACGUCAGGAUAGUCUGGGUCGCAGACGUCAAUGAUGCCUUCAACGUGUCCAUGCCGUAUAUUACUGUUGAAAGCAUAGCCGUCAAAGAUUCCAAAUUUGGCGAAGCCCUAGUGUUUGUAGUGCGACCACAAUCAGGAGGCUAUGUGUUAGGAUUCAGGGCUGACCCUCGGGAGAGACUGCGACCUUUGGUGACCGAGUUACAGGCGUUGCAUCAAGCUUACACUGAGAAACCUAUAUUUGGAAUAGAAUUAACUUGGCAUAAUGAGGAUACAAAGCCUGAUGUCGAUGAUAUAGAAGAACUGGAAGAAAUUGGUGAGCCAAGAGGCGAAAUGGGGCCAAAUUUAUACUUAGCCUCGCAAAUGGCUCAAAAUAAAGGAGAUGCAGAAAGCCCACCUGUGUACAGUCCAUAUUUAGGUCUGGCCAUCGAGCCAUUGAAAGAAGGAUUUACUUUAAAGAGUUUGUUUGAAGUUCAGACCACGUCAUAAUUUUGGAAAUCUGAUAAUUUUUUGGGUAUCAGUCAUCAAAUGCCCUCGCGUUAUAGGCUAUUACAAACCAUAUUCA